ACUGUCACCUUUACGGAUGUGGCUCCAAUCACUCGUUACGACCCACUUACACAUCGAGCCUCUCUUAUUCCAUUGGAUUGGGACCACUCAAAUUUGAUGCAUCAUGCCGUCACCCAAAUGCAUUUGAUUCUUUCCGGUAGUGCCGGAGCUACUGGAGCCAUUAAGAGUUCCACAAUAAAGCAUCCUGAUUCCUCCCGCGUAGAGAUGAUGAAUAUAAAACUCGUCAACGUCUACCUUUUCGGAGGAUACAGUCUAGCCUAUGGCUAUCAUACCAAUAUUCUUCAAUGUAUCCAAAUCCCAUUACUUUCGGAAUUAGACUCUUUUUCUCAGUCAGAAUUGCCAAUUUCUUCGUCUCCUCACCCCUCGUCAUUAACAUUCAAGCAAAUGCCCAAACCAUGCUGUCAAAUUCUUUCCGGUAAUGGGCUUUUGAGUAAUUUGUCAACGGGCAGGCAAAACGACUGGGCCAACCUAAAGGCGGUGUGUCUUCUAGCUGUUGGUGGGCAUCUAAAUUACUGCCGCUUUACGAGCUCCUCAGACCAGCUGCAGGUUAUUUCGCGGGCCAGAAUAUCCAACCUUUUGGAACCUUCACCGCGUGACAAGCAUUCACUGGAAUACUGGAAUGAUCAACUAUUUGUAUUCGGUGGAUACGGACCUAAUCCUAGACCGCUGUUCGGAUUCCCACUUUCCCUACUUCAUUGGCCCUACCUUUAUCGGCAAGAAAAGCCUACAUUAUCCGGCUCAGAGCCAUUUGAGGACUAUAGGAUAGACGUAGAUGUUGAGGAGUGGAUACCAGACUCUGAUGGAAGAGGUUGGAACAACCAACUCUGUGUCUACGAUCUGACCAACGGCGUCUGGCGGCUUCCAAUCACUCGAGGCGCCUCGCCUCCAGCCGCUAGGGCUGCGCAUCAGUCUGCCAUACUGGCAAGUAGGGCUUUGAUGUUUAUAUUUGGUGGCCGCAGUGGCCUCCGACCAUGCCAAAAUAGCCAUAGCGACCCCUUACCCCAAGCAGCUGGACUUCAUGAUACCAAUGAUAUAUCCUGCAAUCCGGGACAACUUCAAGAAGAUGUUGGAGACUCAAUUAGUCAUCUGGGCAGACGCAACGAUCUAUAUUGCCUCGACCUUGAGCUGCUUGAAUGGACGCGAGUUCGAACACCACUGGAUGAUUUUGGCCUUGUUGGCGGACCUGGUCUAGAGCCGACUGGCUGGUGGCCUUGUGGCCGAUCGUGGAAUGGAUUCACCAUCGUUUCUGAUGCCGUCUGUUCUCCUUCAUCUCAAGAGUCCUGUCGUGCAGGCCGAGACAAAGACUUGCUACCGUUGCACCUGUUUAUCCACGGGGGUCGGUCCAACUCUGACGCUGCGCUCUCCGAUUCCUAUGUGCUCGGUAUCCGUGAGUGUCCCCGGCACUCAGUCUCCAAAGAAACCUGGCAGCCUAAACCUGUCCUCGAGGCUCGUGUGAUGUGUCGUGCCGUCCAUCGGGACGAAUUAUUGCUUGGCUUGGAACAGGAGGAUGCUUCUGAUGAGGCUGCUUGGGCUGCUGGGCUUCCCGGUCCACCAUGUUUUUGUUAUGCUUCUUCCGGUCCUACGCCAGAUACAGCCUCCGUGUUCUCCAGCACUCUGCUUCCUUUUGUAAAGGUUCGUCAGCCUCUUGUCCAAUACUUCUCUCUUCCUGCACGACCCACUUCGACCGACAGUUCUGCAGAAGCUGUGGCAACUAGCCAAUUGCAUUAUUUGAUUGAAUGUCUCAAGUUAGUCAGCUUCUCAUCUGAGGACGCCGGGUCUUUUCUGGGACCGACUGAUCAAGUCACCGAACAGAUGGAAUUCUAUCAUCUCGCCCACCUUCUCUCCAAAGUGACUUUGUGUAUAUUACAAUUUUCUGCCUUUGCCCCCUGUUCUUGCCCCACUGACUUGCCUACUUGCGACCAGCAGCUUCUCACAAGCGAGUAUACACGUCUUCAGAUGGAUGUAAAUUCUGCACAAAAUCUGAUCACUCUCAGCCUCUUGUUUAGCACCCUGAUAGACUUCAUGCCUCCAGCCGAU